AUGUUGAACAUAGUGAUAACGAUCCUAUACCCGACAACGUUCACCGUUCAAAUAUUCCUCACGGAAAAUGUUAAGCAACUUUUGGAAGCUCUCACUCUGACUACAACGAACAUUCUCAUAUAUAAUAGGAAUUUACUGCCUUUACACGAUUAUCUAAGCACGUUGGAUUCAAGAUCUCAGGACAUCCUUCAACAUGACCUCCUCCAAAACAUGGUAGACAAAUCUACUAGAUUGGUUCGUAUUUACUAUUUGCUGUGCAUUGGAACUGGAAUCAUUAAUGAAAUAGCCACGUUCUUGUCGUCAACCCAACGUCUUGUGUAUCCGGCUUGGUUUCCAUUUGAUUGGAAGAAUUCCGAAACUAACUAUGCAAUAAUCCACGUUUACCAAUUUACUGGAAUAAUUAUUGGCAUUGUGCAAUCUGCCACGAGUAACACGUUCCCAGCUCUUUAUUUGGCUGCACUAACAGCGCACAUUCAAGCAUUAGCAAUGAGAAUUCGAUCGAUUGGAAGCAAACCAGAUAAAUCUUCGGAUGAAAACUAUGAAGAGUUGAUAACUUGUGUACGAGACUACCAAAUAUUGACAGAGUAUCAUCUGGUUGUACAAAACGUGACAUCAUAUGGUUUGUUGUUACAAUUUUUCGCAACAGGAGUGGUAACUUGCAUCACGGCGGUCUACGUCCUGUUCGCGAAUGGAACUCUAUUUGACACACUAUAUCUGGUACUGUAUCUCAUAUGCGUCCUCUUGCAAAUCUUAAUGAGCUGCUACUAUGGUCAAGAAUUGAUGUACGAAACCAGUUUCAUAACAGAUGCUAUAUACAUGUGCAACUGGAUUGAACAAAGCCCACAGUUCAAGAAAAUCCUUAUCAUGUUCAUGCAGAUGACUCAAAGGCAAAUGGUCAUUAAAGCGGGUGGCAUGGUUGUUGUGAAUUUGAGCUCCUUUAUGUCGUUGAUCAAAAGCUCCUACUCACUUUUUGCAGUACUUGUGAAAGUCACAUGA